CCCAUCGUGAUCGCGAGAAAAAGAGAUAUCCUUCGGGGGAAGAUCGUCGUUCUGACAAAUCUAUCGGACAGGUCACAUCGGAGAAUUCUGUCGUUCCUCAGUUGAUGAAUUCUCCCGGCGGUUGGCCUCCAUUCUCCAUCCGCAUUCUUCACCCCGGUUCCUGUCGCAUCGAUCGGAGCCUCCAUUAUGGACACUUCCCAACCGUCAGACCCGCUGGCUGGUGUCGCUCCUGAGCUCCACGAACAGCACCCCCAACCGCAGCCGACGCCGCAACAGUCGCAGUACCCCGUCAACCCCGCCGGCCCCUAUCCAUCCCACGUCGAAUCCGUGCCGCCAGAAGUGAUUCCCAGUGCUUCGACAUACCAUGCGGGAUACAGCAGCGACUCGCACGCCAACUACUCGUCCCAUGCCGCCGAUUUCAACUCCGGUUCCGAAUACCUACCCCAACCACGUGCGGAGCUCCCUCGCGCGCAGGAAGCCGUCCCAUCGAUGAUCCAUCCACCCGCGGCCCCGUCGUCGUCGCGUCCCAGCUCGGGGCUAUCUAGUGGACCCGACCGACUCGGCUCCGUACAGUCCGGACAGGAGCUCCCCCCAAAACAGCCGAUCCCCUCCAACAAGAACAGCGUCGUCAUCAAGGUGGGCAUGGUUGGCGAUGCGCAAAUCGGCAAGACCAGUUUGAUGGUGAAAUACGUGGAGGGCAGUUGGGAUGAGGAUUACAUCCAGACGCUGGGCGUGAACUUCAUGGAGAAGACCAUCUCCAUCCGAAAUACAGAGAUCACCUUUUCGAUCUGGGAUCUGGGCGGGCAGCGCGAGUUUGUCAACAUGUUACCCCUCGUCUGUAACGACGCCGUCGCCAUCCUGUUCAUGUUCGACCUCACGCGCAAGAGCACCUUGAACUCGAUCAAGGAGUGGUAUCGCCAGGGUCGGGGGUUCAACAAGACGGCCAUUCCCUUCCUUGUCGGUACCAAGUAUGAUCAUUUCGUCAACUUUCCGCGCGAAGAUCAGGAGGAAAUCUCCAUCCAGGCCAAGCGGUUCGCCAAGGCCAUGAAGGCCAGUUUGAUCUUCAGCAGUACCAGCCACAGCAUCAACGUGCAAAAGAUCUUCAAAAUCGUCCUGGCCAAGGCGUUCGACCUGAAGUGCACGAUUCCCGAGAUCGAGAACAUCGGCGAGCCCCUGCUGCUCUACAAGAACCUCUAAACCCGCGCACGGGGCCAUGAUUAUGUACAUUGGGACGAAUGAUGUGACGACCACGUGGAUGUGGCCGAAUGUCGGAUGUGAAGCUCCUUCUUUUUUUGACUUUUUUCCAGCAUUGGGAUGCGUCUCGGAUUUUCUUCUGUCUGUUCAUUAUACUUUCCUAUCUCUGUUAAUUCUUCUUUCUUUCUUUUGAUGCCCCUUUUUUUACUUUUCUUUCCUUUGUUAUUUUGUCCGUUGGGCUCUCAUGUCCUUUUUCUUUCUUUUUCCCUUCUUUUCUUUUCUUUUUCCCAUGGUGUCAUCGACUGCCGCAGAGGUAAACCGACGAUGAAAAUCCAGGAGCUGGGGAGCGCUGAUCGGAUAUAUUGUGAAGUCCACUAGUUUAAUCCGUGCAAAUGUUAAUAUGGUGUGAAUCAGCCCUGUUAAGGGUUGACAUCGAAUCGUAAGUCAG